AUGGAAAUAAGCACAGCUCCGGGAAGCUGGUCAGACAGGGAAGACAAGGAAGACACAGCUGCCGCAGCGCCUUCUGUCCAUAUUCCACAUCCCUCAAACGCAGAUGAAAACGAGGUUGAAGAAGCUGCCCAAAAUCAGGCCAAGGAAACCAAAACGGCGGACAAAGGGAAAGGCAGAGAUCAGAAGAAGCAUGGCGUCAUGUCGCUCCCAGCUGAAAUACGUGAAAGCAUUCUCUACCUUACAGACCCCGAGACCUUCGCUUCCCUCGUUCUUGUCGACCAUGCCUGGCGCUCUGCUUCAGAAACGCCGCAUCUCUACGCCCAUCAUCUCUCACGAUGUCCUUCCUUUUCUCGUUCACACAACUACGUUGGAGGUCCAUUCACUGAAAAUAGCUUGCCAAAGCUGAAGGGACAAUUUGCAAGAGAAGUGAAGAGGAACUUGUUUGAAGCGUAUCUACAACCGCGGAGGACGUUCGUAAGCUUUGUAUCGACGACUACAAGCUCUUCAGCAGCUUUUCCUGGGGGCGAAGCCUUCGAAUUCGUCUUCUCACCCAAUGGCCACUGGGUGCUAGCUCUCUCUUCGUCCAGAAUAUAUGUCAUCGAUACGGUUUCACCCAAAAUAUCCGUACAGAGGGAGCUCAAGGUUUUGCGGCGACCGGUGUCAGCAGCAAUAGUUGAUGACGGAUCAAUCCUGGCUGUACUCUCGAGCGAUCAUCGAAUCAACGUCUACAACUUACAGAACCUUGAGGUGAAGCACUUGCGCGCUGUUUCGCUGGAUGAAUCUCCACACGCUAUAGCCUUGGCACCAAAGGGCGAAGUCCUCGCUGCAGCUUUUGAUGGCGGGAUUGAGCUUCAUUCUUUGGCCCCCAGCGCUCUAGCAUCAGAGCACCGGGCUGUGAAAUGUGAUCGAGUGGACGCUUUGAGGUUCUCCGGCGAUGGAACUAUGCUCGUUGGGACUACGAAGAACAGCAAAAAUCCUAACACUGUCAUCCUGUCCGCGCCUUACUACUCCGAAGAUCAUCAUCACUUACCUGCUUCGGAGCAGAUAAGUCAGCUAUGGACGUCGCAAAUACUCUUUCCCAACAGUAGCCGGGAUUGUAGUAAUGCAGCGCUGCUACCAAAUCGAUCGGAUGGAGACACAAGUUGGACCUUCACCUACGACAAGGUGUUCGAGAGCUUUCGAGCAGUGCGUACAGAUGAUUUACGAAAUGGCUCUACAUACUUCACUGGUCCGAGGCCGCCCAAACGUGACGGCUCGAGGAAUCCGAGAAAGAAGCUAGCGCCUUGCACACUCCCUACUCCAAGUGACCAUGGCGAGCUUGUCGCUGCAGGCUUUCUGGGCAAAGAAAUUUGGCUCUAUGGUGUUCCGGAGGGCCUGGACAUAUCUACCGUAACCCAGACAGAUGAUCCAAACCUUCAAAGAGCACCUUUGUCUGGGCAGGGCACACCCUCGGGUGGAGUCAGGAGUCCGUCAACAUCGCUAACUCGAGGCGAAGCUAUCGAGCUGACUAGGUUGCCGAAAUGGCAGGUUCUGGUCGACAAGUAUCGCAACGUCUUUGCAAAAGGCCGACUAGUGGCAGAGAUAUCUGGUGUUUCAGGAGUGUGCUGGGUCACCCGGAAGCGGGAAAUAUCAGGCUCACCAUCGCUCGGAGAACGACUACUUAUUUUUGCGCCAGGUGGCAUACCGGGAGAUCCGGACCUGGAACAGGAUGGCUUCGCAUCUGUCGAUGGCGGCCGCCUUGUCAUGCUUGAUUUCGAUCGAACUUCCCGUGGUGGCAUGGUCGAGGAAAUUAAAUUCGAGGUUGGUAAUGAAACUCCGGAGCUUCUAGAGGAAGAAGAUGUGGAUAUGGACACUGAGGUCGCCCUCGCUCGAAAACGCACUGUUCGAAACUUGCCAGAUCGGAGGACAACUGUAGUCGAUGUGCUAGCGUCUGCGCCUGAAAUGCCACCUUUGCCUCCAACAGCAAACGCCAUCGCAAAUGCUAAUGCUGCAGCAACAGCCGCCGCUGGUAGUACCAGCGUCGCUGCUGCCCAGGCGAGUCUACCAGAGGUUGCCGAUUCUCCAGCCGAAGGACUUAGCUUGGAAGAGGCCUCUGAAGUCUUUGAUGGACCAUAUUCUCACACUCAACCUCGAUCUCGCACCUCUCUGUAUCGAUCUGCUACAGCUGUAGCCGCAAACCGUGAACGCAAUCCACCACGUAUAAUCUCCGAUGCACGGGUGGAAUAUAGGCGUGCAGACGGACGUGGAGAGCUGCCUCAUGAAAGCGACGCUGACAACUGGGUUCCUCCACCUCCACCGUAUACUGCUGAAUCAGAUAGGCCACUUCCAGAGCACCUUCGCGCUACAUUGUUGCCAAAAAAGCCAGACCGUUUCUCACCAUUGAGUCGAGUAAGGAUGAGACGAGAACAACCUCGUCGCGCUAGCACCAUGUACGGGAGCCCAGCUUCUAGUGUGGCUUCACGAAGGAUUACUUCUCUUCCGGAAAGGCCCGCAAUGCCAAUUAGACAACGGAGCUCGGAGGCAUCAUCAACCGCUCAGCAGACUCACCGGUCGGUAUCCGACACAAUUUCGCAGGGGUCUAACACAGUCAGCCCACUAAGCACUGUGAACUUCUCCUUCGGCGACGAAACCAGCGAGCCUUCUAUUGUAAGUCCGCAAUCAACGUCGACCUUGUCGGUUAGGAGACCCAUGUCUGCUUUUGUCGGCCGGAUGGGCGCAUCGCUGCGAAGACCCGGUACGGCUGGAUUCAUCUCGCGGGUCCCUCCGAUCACCGUGUCACCGGUCCCCGAACGUGUCUUUGGCCAGUCCGUGUCUUUGCCGCCGAGUCCGACGCGCAGCGAACGCCCGGGCUCGCCGCUAACUUUGACUGGGGCAAACCUUCAACAGCGCCUUGAGUACCCCCUCCCACCAGCUCCCUCUAACUCCAGCGUUGAGUCGCUGCAUCGGCGCGGAGGUCCGCAUGAAUUAUCUCCUCUGGCUGGGACGAACAUGCCCUCGACACCACAGCGGUCAACCGACCGCUCUGAUCUGCUUGCGAACACGGUAGCAACUGCAAUGGGACCCACCGCCCAGCAGCUCGCAAACUUGAACAACCGCUCCCGCCAAGCUACUCCGGCUGGAGCACGUCGUCCGCUCCCUUCGGGCAUCGUCGCUCCAGGAGGCUAUCCUAUGCCCGCACCACCUCGCGGCGCUUUGGGCGCAGCAGGUAGCCCUACGUCGCCGGCCAAUCAAGCUCCUGCAAGAUCGCUUUCAGGCAGAAAUCUGUCUCUCUCCGCCAGCAACUCGUUUUCCCGCUCAUCGCCUGCUCUAUUACGACCCACGCCUCGCCGUUUGGAGACGAUCGAAAGCGUGUCUUCUUUCAUUAGCUAUUCACGUACAAGGUCACGAUCAAGAGACUUGCAGGGAGCCGGGAGUGGAGGACAUAGGAGGAGCCAGAGUAUGGGCCCGGCGCUGAGGUUGGAUAGGGCGCCGACGAAGAAGGGGUGGUUGGGUUCUCGCAAAUAUAGGAAGGCAAGGAGUGAAGGGCAGAGUUGGGACAGUCCUGUUGGCGAGGACGGAGGGAAGGAGAAAGGGGCGAAGUGUAUAGUGAUGUGA